AUUUUCCAACACAAAGAGUCAAGAUAACUACGACUUUGCAAAGCGGCAUGAGCAACAUGAGAUAAAUCUCAAAAUUUUGAGACAAAAAUAGGGUUAUCCAAGCUUUUUUCAGCUCAACAUGGAAGUGAUGGAACAACCUCAAGAACCUCUUGAACAAACCAACGCUGUUAUUGUGUAUGAGAAUGAAGAGAAAAGGCUCAAGCACUUGGAUUUUGUGGAAGCAACGGUGGAAAAUAUGGUUGUUUUUCUAACAAAACUAUAUCAACUGAGCAAGGAGCAUAGUGGUCCGUUCAAGGCACGAGUUGAGGCCAUCGAAGAAUUCGUGUUGAGAAUCGUUGGACCUGUCUGUGACAAGUUCCACCAUGUCCCCUUACAGCUUCUUGAAUUCCUCGACCGCAAGGUGGACGAGUUCAUCCACGAGAUAGACUGGAGACAAGAGCCAUUGCCAAAACUAAUGACACAUGUGACAAAGAAAGCCGCAGAGGUGACACGGGAGCUAGCCAUGGAGAUCCAAGCAACCGGCCUGCUCGAUGCAACAGCUAACGCUGCAAAAGAGGCAUACUUGACUUACAAGCCAGUGGCCAAAGACAUGAUCAUCAUGUAUGAACCAGUAGCUGAGGAAUAUGCAGUUUGGGCAUGGCAGUUGUGUAAACAAGUUCCGGUCCUUGCGCAAGUAAGCCAGUCAAUGGUUCCAACCGUGGCAUUUUGGGCCGAAAGGUACAACAAAAUGGUGGAUUUUACAGCAGAGAGUGGGUUACCAAUGGCUCAUUACUUCCCUUUGAUCCCCCUUGAGAAGAUUGCUAAAGUUUUUGCUGAGGAAGCUGAUAAAGAUGGGUUUCGAUAUGUUUCUGAGGAUCGAAUGGCCAUUGCCUAUUAAUGUUCUGUAGUUUGCGUUAUGUGUUGUCAUUGUGAUAGAAUUUUUUCUGGAUAAUUUUGGGUUAAAUUUUCUUGAUGGUGAGUGAACUACCAUUUAUCCGAGUUUUGGAAGGAAUCUUCUUUGUAACUUGACCGGAUAAUUGGCAAUCAAAUAAAUUGCUACUCUAUUUGGUAUCAAUUAAUCACUUUUUUGCUA